GCCGGAAGUCCGUGGCUCAAGGAGCCGGAAGUCCGUGGCUCAAGGAGCCGGAAGUCCGUGGCUCAAGGAACCAGCUCCACCCGCUCCAUCACUUCCUUACGGCCAUGAAGUGGAUGUUUAAGGAAGACCACUCGCUGGAACACAGAUUCGUGGAAUCCGCGAAGAUCAGAGUGAAGCCUCCGGACCGGGUUCCAGUGAUCGUGGAAAAAGUCUCUGGCUCUCAGAUUGUUGACACUGACAGAAGGAAGCACUUGAUCCCAUCCCACAGCACGGUGGCUCAGUUCAUGUGGAUCCUCAAGAAAAGGAUCCAGUUUCCUUCCGAGAAGGCUACCUUCCUGUGUGUGGACAAGACAGUCCCACAGUCCCGCCUAACUGUGGGACAGCUUUACAAGAAGGAAAAAGAUGAAGAUGGAUUCUUGUAUGUCGCCCACAGAGGAGAGAACACCUUUGGCUUCUGAGGCCCUUGCUGGGCUAGGUGCACCCUUCUUCCUGCUUGUGUUUCUUGUAAAUAACUGGCUGUUCUCAGUUACUCCGCCAGAGCCUCCACACAAACCUACGAGUGCGCUUAUAAUUAGAUUUAUUUCUUAAUAGAUCAUACA